CCGGAAGCGAGCUGCCUUCCGCUUCCUCUCCGCCCGGGAAGAGGCGGGCAGGGCCGCGGCCAUGCAGGUCUCCAGCCUCAACGAGGUGAAGAUCUACAGCCUCAGCGCCGGCAGGAGCCUCCCGGAGUGGCUUUCAGACAGGAAGAAAAGAGCUUUACAGAAGAAAGAUGUGGAUAUCCGUAGAAGAAUUGAACUUAUUCAAGACUUUGAAAUGCCCACGGUUAGCACAAAGAUUAAGGUAUCAAGAGAUGGACAGUAUAUUAUGGCAGUUGGAACUUAUAAGCCAAGGAUCCGCUGUUUUGACACCUACCAGUUAUCCCAGAAAUUUGAAAGAUGCUUAGAUUCUGAAGUGGUUACGUUUGAGAUUUUAUCAGAUGAUUACUCAAAGAUUGUCUUCUUGCAGUGUGACAGAUUUGUGGAGUUUCAUUCACAACAUGGCCAUUACUACAGGACAAGAAUACCAAGAUUUGGUAGAGAUUUCUGUUAUCACUAUCCAUCGUGUGACCUGUAUUUUGUAGGAGCAAGUUCUGAAGUAUACAGGCUAAAUCUGGAACAAGGAAGGUUUCUCAACUCCCUGCAGACUGAUGCCUCAGAGAGUAAUGUCUGUGACAUAAAUCCUGUACACUUCUUGUUUGCUAUGGGGACGGCUGAGGGUAAAGUUGAAUGCUGGGAUCCUAGAACAAGAAAUCGAGUUGGGCUAUUGGACUGUGCUUUAAGCAGUGUGACAGCAGACACAGAGAUAGAGGGUUUACCAUCCAUUUCAGCACUGAAAUUUGAUGGAGCUUUGAAUAUGGCUGUUGGAACAUCUACUGGACAGGUUUUAUUAUAUGAUCUCCGGUCUAGUAAUCCAUUAAUAGUCAAAGAUCACCACUAUGGCCUGCCUAUUAAGUCAAUUCAGUUUCAGCAUCAGUUGGAUUUAAUUAUCUCUGCAGAUUCUCGAAUCAUAAAAAUGUGGAACAAAGAUACAGGGAAGAUAUUUACUUCAAUGGAGCCAGAACAUGAUAUCAAUGAUGUCUGCCUGUAUCCAAAUUCAGGAAUGCUAAUGACUGCCAAUGAAGCCCCUAAAAUGAAUAUCUAUUAUAUACCAGUUUUAGGACCUGCCCCAAAAUGGUGUUCCUUCUUGGACAACUUGACUGAAGAACUGGAAGAGAAUCCAGAGAGCACAGUUUAUGAUGAUUACAAAUUUGUUACCAGAAAAGAUCUUGAAAAUUUAGGCCUUGCUCAUCUUAUUGGAUCGUCAUUGCUCAGAGCAUAUAUGCAUGGCUUUUUCAUGGACAUAAGACUUUAUCAUAAGGCAAAAAUGAUGGCCAACCCCUUUGCCUACGAAGAAUACAGAAGAGAGAAAAUAAGGCAGAAGAUAGAAGAAACACGUGCACAGAGAGUUCAACUAAAGAAACUUCCAAAAGUCAAUAAAGAGCUUGCACUCAAACUGAUUGAAGAAGAGGAGGAGCAACAGGUUACUAGAAAAAGGAAACAGAAGAACCUGCCUAGCCUUCUCAAAGAUGAUCGUUUUAAGGUCAUGUUUGAGAAUCCAGAUUUCCAGGUGGAUGAGCAGAGUGAAGAAUUUAGGCUACUUAACCCACUUGUUUCUAAAAUAAGUGAGAAAAGAAAGAGGAAACUAAAGAUCUUAGAGGAACUAGAAGCACAAAACCAGGAAGAGGAGGAAGAACCAGAAGGAAAAGCAAGUGAUGCAGAAAGUUCUGAGAGUUCAGAUGAUGAAAAAGGCUGGGUUGAAGAGGUCAGGAAACAGCGCAAGCUUCUACGCCAAGAGGAAAAAGUAAAGCGGCAGGAAAGGUUCAAGGAGGAUCAGCAAACAUUACUGAAACCUCAGUUUUUUGAGAUUAAAGAAGGAGAGGAAUUCAGAAGCUUCAAAGACUCUGCCAAAAAACAAAAAUUAAUGAAGAAAACUCUUGGAGAUCGUUUAAAGCUUGAAGAAAAACUUGGCACGCUCAAUGUGUCUGAUACCACAGUAGGCAGCAAACAGGCAACAUUCAAAUUAAAGAAGACAGAGCAGCAGAAGAAACAGCAGGAAGCUGAGAAACAACAUCGUCAAGAAAGGAAAACUCUUAGGCGUUCUGCUAGUCAUCUCAAGAGCAAACGUGGAAGAGGACGACUGUUUCGUUGAUUUAUUUUAUAUAAUUUUUAAAAGAAAUUUCUUUUAUCUCAUUUUUCAUUUGAAAAAGGGACUUUUUCAAAUUGGGACACAGUACCAAUGUAUUUGUAUUUUGAUUCACUGAUGAAUGCAAAAAACCAGAACUUGUUAAACCCUGUGUUAAUUAUUGAAAAGUUUAUGAAAGUAAAAGUAUUGACAUUACAAGUAUGGCGUGUUAUAAAUUCCAGUGUGAACUGUAUUUGUGCAGAAAUCACCAGCAACUGGUUAUUGUGUAACCCUGGAUUUUUUUUAUAUAAGAGUUUAUGUAUACAAUGAGGCUGCCUGUCUUUUAUUUAACUUAAGAUCUGUGGGUUUUGCUUUCUCAGAUCUUUAUUUGUGCUUAGAUAGAAGAUCAAGGAUAAGUUAUUUAGUCUAAAAACUUAUCUUUACAAAGGCACAACAAAUUUUUCCUCUAUGGUUUUUGAAGGAUGACACACAAUUGUGUUUUUCAAAAACUGACUUUGGCUUUAUGUUCUUGGGUUGCCUUAGUAGCCAGGAGGAGGUACGAAUGGUGGUCAUGAGGGCAAUUGAGACUGCCUGAUUUAGGUUCCUCUAAGUCACUCUGUAAGGAAACAUCUCUUGCCGCACCAGUGUACAAAGGGGAAUCUCACAAGGAUAGUCUUAUUAAGUUAAAUGUUGUGAAUAUUGCCUUUACUCAAAAUCCUUAGGACCAGGUUUAAUAUAUUUCAAUAAGCCAGCCAUGGCUUAAUGCAGAUCAAGUGGUAUGUGUUCACAUAACAAGCACCUUAAGGCCAUGCCAGUAGCUUCUGAUUCUUUAAAAAAUUAGUUUAGUUAAAUAGCUUAAGAAACUAGAACCUGUGUUAAGGAAAUGAUUGAUUCUUUUCUAUAUCUUCUUUUUGAUUCCAAAUAGAAUGCUUGUUGCUAACCAGGAUACAGCAUCUCUUCUUGAUUUUUAUCUUGCAAACCAUCUUUUAUUUUAGUAGUUCACUACUUAAGUAAGGAAAUUAAUUUUUACCUUUGAUCCUGAAGGAGCUUUGCUUAUUACUUUUUUAAAGGCUUUAUAAAUUGUCUUUUUGCAAAACCCAAGAAACUGAACUUUGGAUCCAACAAAAAUCAGUGAAUCCAUCACUGUAAAUCUUUUAAGAGACUUGGAGGUUCUUAAGUGUCUUGCUUUAUAAACCAGAGAUGAUUAAUCUAGACAGGUCUCCUGGACAGUAUUUACUGUAGAAUUUUUGCACUUAUUUCAGUAAAAACCUUGGUUUCCCAUAGCCAGAUGCUUUUUUAUUUUUUAUUUAGAUGGUAGAAUAAUCAGUCAUAUGGUUAAAUAUAUGUUUUUCUCCCUGAUUUAAUGUUAACUGCUUUAAUUCCUUACUGCUGUUUUUAAUUAUAUUAUUUCCUUUAAUUUAAGUGCCUUUUGCACCUGGUAUUUUCAUCUUUAAAACAUACAUUGUAAUCAUCACCUCUCUGUCCUUGCAUUCAACUAAAAGGUGAGUCUCUCAAUACCUAUUUUUUACCUCUAGCUGUCAAAUUUCUGCAUUGUCUAUGAGCUUCUCAUGCUUUCUAUUUAACACAGAACUAUCCAGAAUUCCAAUGUCAGUUACCCGUGCUGUAUGUCAAGAAGUACCGUUAUUACUUCUCUUUAACCACUGAGAAAAUUUAAUGCAGUUGUGGUUGCUCCAGGAUAUGUCCCUCUUUUUGGAGUCUUUGUCUUUUGAUAACAUUCAAACCUUUGAAAUCCAAGUGCAAUGACAAGUUAAAAUUUGUACUAGUGCAACAUCUUUCCCCUGGAGCAUUGUGUUAUCUCUUAGAAAUUAUCUGCAUGCAAUUCAGGUGCGUUCGCUUCAGAUACACGGCUGUACCAGACGUGGAAAGAUUGAUGGUGGAAACUUGCCGCCAUUCUGGUUGAUACAGGGAGAAUUGGGGAUUAGGUGGACAGAACUGGCACCGUAAGAACAGGAAUUUGGAGGAGUUUGCUCCUUCUCAUGGUAGGCCUAAAUCCCUUUAUGUUUGAUCAAGACAUAGAUGUGCAUUUAUGGUUUAAAACAUCCUUAUUUGAGCAAUGAUUUUGUUGGCUGUGAAGAGCAGUAAAAAGAAAUCUGGUUCAUCUGCAGGACAGUAGUGAACAAGCUUUGAAAUGGUUAACUUUCAGCUUAAAAAGCGUGUCUCUUCUGUUUUGAGAUUCUCAUGACUGACACUGGUUUUGGUCAGUGUAUGCUUUGUUUUUCAUGCACUUAUAGAGUACCUUGUUAUGAUAAUACUGAUAAUUUAUUUAGGUUGGUGCCUGUAUGAUUAGAGGAAUAUACCUCAUACUGCUAGAGAGAAGGCACAUGCAAAUUGCACGCUGUUUAUUUCACAUAACGGAUAUUUGGGAUAUAAUUUAAACGGUGCUUAAAUGUACUAGGCAUACAUUACAACUGGUUGUGAUGUGCUCCUCCAAGGAGGGAGGCUGUACUGCCUUGUAAAUUCAUUUGCUUGUCUUUGCCCAGGAACAGCUGCCUUGUGGACGGUUCUUCGUUCAACAGUUUCUUCAUUUGUGCACUGGAUUGCUCAGGGCUUGCAUGAGACCCUGGUGGAACAGGACAUUGGUGAAGGCGAAGAAGAGGCAAAGCUCUGUGCGCUCUUCAUCUUAGCUAUGGCUGAAUUUGUGCUCUACUAGAUAACCAGUGGCUGAUGUACGUUUUGAAAGACCAGAGAGGAUUAACCAAAACCAGGUCUGUAGUGCCAAAGGUGUUUAUCCUGUUGCGGCCAUAUUCCUGAAGGAAGGACAUGUCAUUCUAAUACAGGCAGAGGGAUACCGAGCAUGUCUCUAAAGCAGGAAGAUAGUAUAUAAUUUAAAAAUUCAUAAAUUAAUUGAAUGAAUAUUUAAUCUCAGGCUACUUUUUCCCCCAAACCAGCAGCAGUUAGAACCAGUGAUACCAGAAAAGUGGAUUUCCUAGCCUUGAUCUGACUAUUCAAGGUUUGAAAGAGGUCGGUGUUCUUUGUGCUGCUCGCUUUGGUCAGAAGUGUUCGAUGUUUGCAUUUUGCAAAUAGUGAGGCAUGGCUCUCCAGGGUGUCCAGCGCUGGAACUCUGGAACACAGGUCAGCUAUAGUUGGUGGGCUGUGCCAAGCUGCCUGGCAGGCAUUUGAGCCCAAGAGCUUUUUGGUGAAAUAGGGACGAAGAGUCCUUGCAAGCCUUGCUUUUGAGGUAUUGGGGAGCAGCAAGAGCGGGCGGCUCUGUGGGGGAAGGCAGGCUGGGAGCUCGGGGUGACAAGGCAGGCAGGGGCAGUGACCCCCCUGACAGGAGGUGCAGUCCUGCAGUUACGGAACAAGAGCAGCAGUAGGGUGACAGCAGUGAGCUUCAACCAACAGACCAGACGGACAAGUCCGUAACGACAAGGCAGGUCCAAGGUCAAGCGAGCAGGUCAGGAUCAGUGAGGUACUUGGGCAGGUGUGGGCAUGCCUGCGACAUAGCUCAGGUGAGGACCAAGGGUGAUGCAGCUGCAUCUGGCAAGGCUGUUCAGAGCUCUGUCUCACACAUCUCUUCUCAUAGCAGUCUGGUCCCCAGUUGUUUGGCCAUACUGUUACCAGAGCUGGCUUUCAGCACAGACAGCCAAACCCUUGGCAAGGUCGGGGAGCCGUAGCAGAGCCCCAAGGUCUGGCAUGAAGCGUGUUUAGAUUCUUGAGAUUGAUAAAGCAGGUUAAUGUCCUUGAACAGCUAUUUGGGGGAAGAUCUGAGAGCUUCAGUAGAAGCUGACAUAUUAAUGCAACAUCAUUGCAAUCAAUUAACUUCAUAACGCAGCCAAAGCAGGCAUUUCUUAGGUAUUGACCUUUUUUUCAGUUAACAGCACUUCAUUUUCCACCGUAGGAAUCAGUAUUGAUCCAGUAUUGCCAUUCCUCGAAGCUGGAACAGCUCCGUGGACCCUUUUUGACAUUGAAGGUUCGUACUCUAAGCAGCCUUUUACAUUUGUGUCCUCCAUGUUUCCAGAUGGGAAAAUGAGUAAGACUUGAAUUCCAGGAAGAAAGUACCAACUUUCAGAUGCAGACCGACAGUGAAGCAAUACAACAGCUUACCUGGGGAGGUUGUGCAAUGUGCACUGAAAGACUUGCGAUGUCAGAUUAAACAUCUGCAGGAACCCUACAGGUCUUGUCUUUUCCACCUACACAGCUCCGAAACAACAGGGUCAAUCCUGCUGCUUUGACACAAGCCACGCUCUCAUUGACAUCAAAGGAGUCUUGCCUGUGUUGAGACGAUGCUGGCCGUAUGUUUACUGUGACAAUUGCAAGGUACUGUCUGGCUUGCUGAUUGCCUGUUGGUUUGGGAUGUUCUGGCGGGUGGAGUUGAGGGGAAGGAGUGUAUCUAGCAGGGUGCCCUCCUCGGGGUGUCGGACCUGCCGUAUGCUUUGUGUAGACCCAGUUCCUCAUUGCCAAAUAAUUUCCCAAAGUGGAAGGAGGAUGCAGGAAAACCUUGGAAGCUCUGUAAGGCUUCUGCUGCUCCCUUGCUUCACACCCAUUCCUGAUGUAUGUGCUACGGACGGGUCCCAAAAUCGGAAGGAAUGAGACAAGAACUGUGUCUCAGAAGAGCAAGGUGAAAGUUUCUGCAUCCACUGAGUGGUUCUGUCAGAACACUGUCUUAACUGGUGUGGGAAGGAGCUGAAGUUUUGGUCUGCUCUGAUAGACAAGACUUUUUACAUCUUUGCUUUGAUUUCCUGGCAGUAUGGCACAUCAUACACCUGGAAGGUGGUUAGAUGCACAGGGGUUCUGCCUUACACAGAAGGCGGGAAAGCCAGGUGCACUCCCUACUCUGAAACUGGUGAUUUAAUUAGAGACAGUAUUUGUGAAAACAUCUCUGUGCCUCAGUUGCUGUUGCUAAGGAUUUAAACCAAAGAUACCCUUUUCUCUGAGAAGAUACAAUUUAGGAGGGAGGAAAAAAGAUAAUAUUUAAAAAAAAAUUAUAAAUAAAACGAUUCACUGAUUUUUUUUUUUUCUUCUGUUUUACUUCUGAUGAGCUAAGGGAGACCAGCAGAGUCUACUUUUGUGUGGUUUGUGCCCUUAAAACUCCAUGGAUCCUGCUCACAAAGAUGUCUGCAGCCACAAUAGGAACAGUUCAGGUCUUCGAUGCCAUUUUUGGUUGGCUCUUAUAUGUAAAAGGCUUUGAAGUUUCACCUGGAGAACAGGUUCAGUAUCUGCAGGUGACUGCACAGCUUUCUCGCGUGGUUAUAGGAUUAGACAACGGCAAUGGGAUUGCAAACUGUCAGAGCACUUGGGGAGAGAUGAAAACCCUAUGAACGUUUGCAGCUUCAGAUGAGUUGGUACUUUUCUCGUGAAACUUGUCUUUGAGCAGUGCAUAGUUAUGGUGUAGCCCAUGUCUACUUGGCCAUGUGACACUUGUUUCCACAGCAGCAGGUUCUACCUAAUAGUCACCCAGCUAUCAGCACUAUUUAGCUUGGAGACAGCCUUAGCUGGAUGUGGUUUCUGUGUCCUUGGUACCUCAGCUCCUGUGUACUCCUCCAGCUUCCCCUUGAAGCCUGCAGAUCUAAACGUCCACAUCUAUUGCCACUGCAUGGUGAGACACUUCCUAUUGCUAGUGCUGCGCCCAGCUCCGUGGCUUCACUUGAGCUUCAUUCCAGUUCUUGGCUUUCAGAAAGCAGUGAGACAGCUGUUCCCUUUUUGUCCUCUUUGUUACAAUGCUCUUGAUCUCAUAGACUUCUUUCAUGACCCUUUUAAAUCAUCUCUUUUCCAAACUGAAGUCCUGAACUAUUCAAUUAUUCCUUGUACAGAAGCUGCCCCAUGGUUGGGAUAUCCAUCAACAUGCAAACAAUUCAGAGCACUUGGUUUUCUGAAAUGCUAUUAAUAAUUUACUUUGCCUUUUGCUUGGAAACUAGGCUUGAUUUCUGUCAGUUGUCAUGGAGUAAGAGGAGAGAGAGGCCUUCCCAUGGGUUAAUAAGUUGUUACAGAUAGGAAAGAAAGGGUGACAGUAAAAGGCUCUCUGGCGGGAGGAGGGUAGCGGUGGGGUUUCCCAGGGAUCUGUGUAGAGCCCUGUGCUCUUCCAUAUAUUUAUAAGUGAUUUGGGAAGAUAAAUCAUCACCCAGGAAAGUAAAAAAUAAAGGCUGCAAAGAGCUGUAGGAGAAUUCAGUAAACCUGGGUAGAAACCAAAGCGACAGCUGUCACCGUGGCAUGCUGUGACACGGCCGUGGCACGUCAGCUGUGCAAAGUCACAGACACGGGCGGGAAACUCCAGUCGGCUGCAGGGACACAACAGGGAGCUCUCAACUGGUUAUUGGUAUUCAGGAAAGAUGUUGUCACUGGAGAAAGUUCUCUGAAAACAUUGAUUCAGUGUUCAGCAGUAGUCAAAUGUUAUUGGAAAUGAGAGGAAGAGAAAAAAAAAUUGAUAAAUGUCUGUGCUAUACAUGAACCCCUAGAGCUCCUGUACCUUGGGUGUUAUGAUUAGUUCUGAUCACUUCACUUUAAGAAAGGGGGUGGUAUAGCCAUGCAUUGAAGACAAACAGUGUUUUUUUUAUGAGAGACAUGAAAAGCUUGCUUGCAAAUAAAGAUUAAAUAGUGUGGGACUUUUCAGCAUGGAAACACAGACAGUUGAGCAGCUGUAUGGUAGAAGCCUAUAAUAUAGUUGGAAUGGUGUGCAGAGGAAGGUUACAGAACUACCAUUAAAUAUUCUUCAUAAUGUAAGAUGCAGGUACCAUCAAAUGAAAUGAUCAGGUAGCAUGUUUGACAAACACAUGGAGUAUUUAUGUAUAUGAUGUAUAGGUACAUUGUGAAGCUAGUCAUAGGCUAUUAUGGAGGCUAAAUGUAGGUAUUAGUCCUAGAAAGGGUAAGAUAUGCUCACAAGCGAUAAAUCUACUGAGAUUUACUGUACCUGAGAACCCAGAUGCCAUCUCCAGCUCAAGAAAUCCUUAAACCAGUGAUUGCCUGAAGCUGGAAGCACUUACUGAAGAAAAGAUCACUCUGUACUUGUCCUUUUCCUUAUACUCUUCCUUACAUAUCUGCAAUGGAGCAGGUAACUUUGGUCUGCCUAUAUUUGUAUGUUGCUGUGAGCAUGCUGAAGGCUGUGAGAUUUCCAUCACAGGAGCUUAAGAGCAGAUUAGCUAAAUGUCUCUCUCACGUGGGGUAGGUAGAGCUUAUCCUGCUUCAGAAGGGAAGCUAGGUUUAUAGAAUCAUGGAAUGGUUUGGGUUGGAAGGGGCACUACAGAUCAUCUAGUUCCAACCUCCCUGCCAUGGGCAGGAAUACUCUCCACUAGACCAGGUUGCCUAAAGACUAGACUGUUCCUAGACUUAGGGACCUCUGAAUGUCACUUUGAUCCCGUUCCCUGUGAUUCUGUGGAAACCAUGAGUAAAGUGCCUACUUCUCCUCUUCCCACCUCUGGGCUGUCAUCAGGACAUGACAGGAGGAGGUCCUGGCUGCUAAAAGGAAGGAAAGGCUGAAACAAGCCAGCAUGUCAUCUUCCCACUGUUGCAGUCACCAUGGAGGCUGAGGAUGAGUUACACCUCUGAAGCGCACCAGAGCAGACACGCCAGGAUGUGAUUCAAAGGCCAGGCUAAGCCAUAAGCCAGGUCUUGUAGGCGCUGGAGCCAACGUUGUGUCAGUCUGCUGUGUUCCUGGCAGCCUGCCUAUGGAGGAGGGCAAGCAGCGGAACGAGGUGGCUUCAGGCCCUGGGGGAAAGGAAUUGCAACCACUGAGCCCGUAUGUAUCAGCUGUCAUCACAGCAGAAGUGGUGAAGAUCCAAAUGAAGCAUCUAAGGAGCAGUUUCACAAGACAUCUGGCCCAUGAGCUUUCCAUGGGAGAAAGGACAAAACUGGAAUGGGCUUACAGGACAGAUAGCAGUCUCAUCCCUACAUACUGCUCUCAGUUUCUGCUUUUGGUGUGAUUGUGGUUUUGGACUGUAAGCUAACCUGCAGGUCCGUGUGGCCAGAUGCAGGGCAAUAUUGAUGGUGGGGAGGGCAGCUACAGUAGAUGCUGAUGCCUGUGCAUUUCAGAGGGCAUGUUCUUCAAGGCAGUAUCGUGGGCAAGUUGCCACUGACUGAGUCCUGCUCCCUCUCCCCCAACAAAACCAAUGCCUGUAGAUAGCAUUGAAACUGGACAGCAAUAGACUUGAAGAGCUAACAGACUAUGCUAGAAGAAAAAGAUGGAAAAAAAACUCCAUAACUUGCAGUUACAGAGACAAAGCGAGCUCCCAAGUAACUCAAAACAAGAAGAACUGGCAUUUGAAAAUCACUACAUGCAAGAAAAGGUAUAAGCAAACAGUGAAUUAGUGCAUAUUCCCUUAUGUCCUCUUUAAAAAUGUCUGAAGAUUUAUGUGAGCUACAGCCUUUUGUUUCCAGGGACUCAGUUUCAGGUCCUCUGUUAUUUAUAGGCAAGUAGUAUUGCCAGGAAGAUAGCUGAACCUCUAACUUUCAGUCCAGCUCAUCGAUCCUCGGUCCAGGAGACCAGACCUACAUCUAACCACAAUACUCAAGCCUGGAAAUUCCUCCUCAGAGGCAAAAAAGCUUCCAGGCACUGAGUAGCUAGUGUGAAGAAACCUGAAGAUGCCUUCCAUGCCCAUAUCAUGCGUGUUAUGAGGCUGAGCAGUCAGAAGUGUUUGAUGGCUCCUGCCCAAGCCAACCUCAUAGUGUCUACCACAUAUAAAGUAUGAGUAACACCCAGUCUUUGAACCACAAGUAAACCACUUCAGUGUACUUCCAUUAAGGUAUGUUCUACAAAUAAUAAUUGCAAACAGCUCCCUGCAGUCCAUAAAUGCGUUCCACCUCCACAAGCCUUCUCCUUUUCCUGUGGGGCAAGAUCUUUAAUGCUUUUGAAACCAGAGCAACAAAUGAAAAUAUUUCCAGCUUGUUUUUAACUGUUGCUGACAACCUCUGAAGUGAUUAAAGAGCAUUUUUCUUUCA